CACACAAGCAUACAAAAAUCAUCUUUGCUUAUUUUUUUUGUAGACUACCUGUACUAUACUGUACGUACUAGUAGGCUAUAUUAGCUAUAGUUUAUUAACUAGCUAGCCAUAGAGAGCAUGUCUGCACCCAACCAUGGACACGGUCGUACACCACCAGGGAGCAACGAGUCAGAAGCCUCAGCUGGUGCUAGUGAGUUUGAGAAGCGACGGCGUGCCUUCGAGAGAGAGCCUACCAACAUACAACUCCUCACAUCACCAGGCAUGACCUUUGGUAUGUCAUCAUCAUCACAGAGGGUGCCGGGUCAAGAACAACCCAGGAGGUCACAAAGAGUGGAGGAGGUCUCCACUAGUUCGGACCUUGCUAUUGGGGAGGAGACUGGUCAAAAGGAGCACGUGUUUCACGCUCCCCAACAACACAGUCGACCAAUCAGAACGUCCUCACAGCCACGACUUACCCCACCCCCACUCCAGCAGCCGGCUGAACGUGAUGGUCCUGUCCUAUCUCAACAGAUUGCUGUACUAAGAGAACAGAAUGAACAACUACAACAACAGCUUAGAGACAGAGAGGUUGAGAAAGACAGACUCUCUAAACAACUCGAGGCUAAAGACAGAACGAGAUCAAACUACUCACCUAUAGGUUUGCCCUCACGUGUUCUGGAUGGACGCAAAGUUCUACGAGAUAGUCUCCCGCCAUCGACCACACCACCUCCCCGCCCACUCACACCUCUUUCUCCGCUCUCACCAUCGCCACGGUUACCCGCCAGCCCUCAACCGUACGGGUCAGAGGUCAGAGGUGACCUUUUUCAGUUGAACGAGCUUCGAAAAAUCAACCGACAAUUGGAGCAACGUCUUAUCGAAGUGGUGGAGGAAAAAAGACGACUAGAAGUUGAACUGCAACGGCACAGGGACACUCUAGAAAAGGUUCAAGAGCGAGAACAAGACCUGACCCAGGAUAUAGAGACUCUACGCACUGAGAACUCCCAUCACAGUGGGGCCAUCUCCAAACUACAAGUGGAGAGGGACAGUCUGAAGACAUCUAGCGUACUGUUCAGAUCAGAGCUAGGAGUGCUGACUAAUAAACUGACCAAGACUGAGAAAUGCUAUGCAGAAGUAGAGCAGGAGAAUCUAGUACUGCAGGAGGACAUCAAACAGCUGUGUAUUGACAAGGAUCAGCUGAGCUCAGAGUUACGGAAGCUCCACUCGACAGUCGAAGAUGCCCUCAAAACGAAGGAGAAUUAUCGCUCCACCAUACGUCAGCUGAGGGAGCAGAACGUCACGUUGGAAGGACAACUGAACACUCCCGAGAAUGCACAGAAACCAGGUGGAGCUGUCAAGGUUCAAAGUGCACCUGUAACUAAGGGUCAGCAGACACUCAGCGAGGUCAUGACCCUACGUGAAGAGAAGACACAAUUGAAGGGACGACUGACCGAUGCUCAGCACGAGAUUGACAGUCUCGAGGCCACUCUGAAGGAACAAGAGUCACAGGGCGUGGGCACACUCAUAGCUCACUUAGAGGGAUUCCAGGAUCAGGUUCAGUCGAUAUCAGCUGACCUCCGACUGACCCAGGACACUAUAGCUGUGCUGUCCACAGAACAACACUCUAUGAUUCACGAGUCAUUCUCAAUACUCGCUGAAAAAUGUCGCGAGGAAAUCCAACGAGUUGCCGAUAGCAACGGCCAACUAACCAACGCACUAGCCAAUGCUGAAACCUCAUUGGCUGCUUUGCAAGACAACUACGAUAAAUUACGCCAGAAAAAUGAACAAUUGGUGUCCCAGAAAUCGAACGUAAGCUCUGAAGUCUCCAAACUACGGUCUGAAAUUAGCACUCUUCAAGAUCAGAAAAAGAUGCUCGAAAUUCAGUUGGUGCAAACCAACACGCUGACUCAGCAAAAAGACGAACAGCUGCAAGAUUUGACGGAGGAAAAGACAAAAAUCGAAGAAAAACUCAAUGAAAACGAGCGAAAGUGGAAAAACGAGUUUGGGCGGCUUGAAAUGGAAUGGGAGGGACGGGUUGCCAUGGCGACACAAGCUCACGAACUUUUGCUUGAUUCUAAAGAAGUUUUAGAAGCUGAGAAAAAUGACAUCGAAGGAAAACUAACCCAAGUUGAAUUUGAGAAUACACAGUUGGUGUUAGUUCAAAAAGAACUAGAAGGAAGUGUGUCACAACUUGAGUCAGAGCUCGGAGGGUUAAACGAGAAAUAUUCAGUGAAAAAAGGGUUAAUCUCUACUGCCCAGAAGGACAUUGCUCGAUUACUGGCAGAGAAAGCUUUGCUAAAAGCUGAAGCCAAAAUCCACUCUAAAAUAUUGCAAGAAAAACUAUCGCAAGUUGAAGCCGAAAAACAACGUGAAGUUGAUGCGGUGCAAAGUACAAGCGAAGAAUUGAACCAAUCACUAUGGAAACUCGAACAAGAACGCAUCGCUGUACAUGCUACGCUGGCUAAAGUAGUACAAAAAGAAGGUGAAAUUGAUCAGCUAACAACAAAAGUGGCCACUCUUGGAAACGAAAAACAACAGAUUGAAAAUGAAAUGCAACUUUUAUCCGAGAAACAUUGUCAAGCUCAACAAGAUAUCCAAUUAUUGGUCGACAACGAGGAAAGCCGUCAACUUGACAACGAAAAAUUGAAAAUGACGCUUAUGACUGAAAUUGAACUCUUGAAAAGCAAACUUAAAACUCUCGAAGAAAUCCGCACGCCAGAAGGUAGUAAAGACAAGGUCAAUAGUGCAUUUCAGCUCGUCCCUCAAAACAGGCAGACGGAUCAAUUGCUCAAACAGAUAUCUGCUUUACAACAAGAAAACAAGGAGAAGCGCAGAGUCAGCAAUAGUGAGUCACUGAGCUCUAGACUGGCUCUUGUGGAGAUGCAGUCCAGACUGUCUGGGUUGGAGGGAGAGAAUAAGAAACUGCAAGAGUCUACCAAUGAGGCGGCCAGGAGUGGUCAGCAAUCACUGGAGGUGAUGACAGCACUGCGUAAGCAAGUGAGUGAGUUGGGGAGGAAAGGCUUCUAUCUCGAGAGUGAGAAGAAACAGCUACUGGAUAAACUCAGGACAGUGCAAGCUAAUCUGAAGGUUGCCAGGGAGAUGAAGGAUCGUCUAGCUUCAGAGAGAAUGGUAAAGCUGCAAGAUGAGAAUCAGGUGCUUUUGGAGCGUGUUCGUAGCUUGGAAAGUAGCCUCACUAAAAAAAUGAUGUCAGCUGAUCUAAAAAUUGUCCAGACAGUCAAAGACAAUGAUAAACUUCGUCAAAGGCUGCACAGAAUAUAUGCUGCCCUCGACAAAGAGAAAAUCCGACAAUCAAAUCUCGAACAAAUCAUCUCCUCACUGAAACAACAAUCGCGCGAUUUAACUCUUUUACAAGAAUCUCUCGCAGACAUGAAGUCCAGUGUGCUUCAAUUGGAAUCAUCGAGUGUGCUCCAAUCGGAAUCAUCCCAGCCGUCUAACGAGUUACUACGUAAUCACUCGCCACCUGCUCUCAACGAUAGCGGAAAUGGACGGAGUAUAAAGUUCGUACGAACAGUUUGCACUAGUUCUGGUGGUGGAUCUACCGUCCGUACUGAUAGCCCUGUUGCCAUGGGAACCCGAGGGGACCAAUUGAGAGAGAGGAACGAGGAGUUAAAUCAAGCACUUCAGAAGCAGCAAGAGGUUGUACUAUCACUAGAGUCUCAGCUAGUCACCAUGGGAACAGGGCUAGCGACUCUACUAGAGCACCUGGAGCUCUCGGUAGCAGCCGGUAGUGCUAUGUGUGACACCGUGGCAGGGUUGAGAGAGUGGGAAAUGAGACCAGACCAACUGAAGGUGGUCAGAGUGUUGGAGCAUAAGCUAGAGUCACUACAAGACCAGGUUAUUGAUCGUGAGUCUGCUCUACAAGACAUUGAGGUUCAGAUGAAGAAAGACUACUGCGCUCAAGACAAGAAGUUCACUUCCCUCAAGUCUCAGCUCAUCCAGCUACUAGAGGAGCUGUCUCACAAGGACAACUUCCUACGCACUAAGGACCAGUACAUAUCCCAGCUGGAGGAGAAGCACGUGGCGUGUGAGAGUCAGCUGUACCAGACACACAAGGAACUGGAGCGCUCCAAGAGAGACCACCUCCCACACAGCCUAGUGGGGGGGCAGCACAACAUGGCUGAAUAUGUUCAAGUACAAGGUGAAGAGAUCAGUGAACUACAGAAGAUGGUUGGGGACUACAGCUUUGAGAUUGGCCAACUACAGUCACGACUAGACUCCGCCCACAGGGAGAAACUCAUGCAUCACUCCAAAACACUAGAACUGGAACGGAUGCACUUGCAAAUGAAGGAAUCAGUUGCCGCGGAAGUUGACUAUCUGAGAAAACUGAACCUUCAAUUUGUAGAACAGCAAAUGAAAACUGAGAAAGCUACGGAGAUCUUGAAGGAGGUGAAGCAAGCUCAAGACACGUUCAGACAGCAACGAGACGUUGUACAACUAGAGUCCGAGCUUGAUUCCAGCAAGUUAGCUCUUCACGAGCAAUCACGUAAGAUCUCCGAGCUAGAGGCACGAUUAGCCAAUCAGAACAUCACAAUCAAACUGCUUCAAGCCGAGAAGGACCAUGCGUUUCUGCAGAGUCAGCACGUCAAGGAGCAGAUUGGUGCUGGGCGUGGCUUCCACCGCCCACACAGUGCAGACAACAGGAGCUCCCAGAGGCCAAUCUAUUACCGCCUGAGUGGGCAGGAGAGCAACAAGGCGCCACUCACUGCACUCUCCAGGAGCAAGCAACAUCACACUCCAGCAGGGGAAUUCUCAAUCCCCUUCCCCAUUGGGCAAGGUUUCGUGAACCUUGAUGAACAGGCUGAACCACGUCAAUCACACUUUCAAUUGGGGCCAACCGUUGUCACUGACGACGAGGGCUAUCCCCAUGGCGACCCUGACGUCACCAAGCCAAAGCUCCGUCCAAUCAAAUUACGGCAUAGACGCACUGCUAGUACCGGGAGUGAUGUCAUUCCUCCAGUUAAAGAAAUUACCGGAAAUAUUGAAGCAAAUGCAAUCCAUCCAUCUUCGUCGCUAGGGAAAGUAAAGGGGACAGAGCAGUGGUUUCCACGGCGACCCGGAAGUGCUGGCAGUACUAGGCAACCAGUGGAGAGCACUUUACUCGACGAUAGGAACGAAGGGGUUAAAAUAAACCAGCACUCACCCGUACGUGGGCGUACCACAUCAGUGGGUGGAGUCCCGUUAGGUCAGUCCACUCUUAUCAAGCAGAAGUUUCCCGAAAUCUCUCAUCAAAAGUUGGCCAAUAAAUCGACUGACUCCAGCGAAACUACUACGAGCAGUGAGGACAAAUCUAGCCAAUCAGAUGGCUCCGCGGUUACUAGGAAACUGCCGUCCCUAGAGGGGUGUGGUCAGGGUGGCGGGCAAGUUGUGGAUGCCUCAGCCAUUGAGAUAAAACACACUCCAGCGCAGGACUUAUUUCGUAAUGAGAGUUGCUCGAGUACCUCCUCCAUAUAUCGCUCCCUCCUUCCCUCGAGGACUCCAUCAUUCUACGACGGCAGUGAGAGCUCUCCCUACGAUAGUGUAGCUAUUGCCGACUCAGUGGAGAACUUGCAGAACCUGUCGUUUGGAAACUAUCCUUUUCACGCUAUACACGUCCCCAAGUACGAGCCCACCUCCUCCAGUGACGAUGAAUAUCAUCCCGCCCACCCAACGAAGCGUAAGAAGUCCGCUGGAUUGGCCAGUGAUGGAUCACAUGACAACAAUAGGCACAAGAAUGUGUCCGACAACAGUAACUCAUCGUGUGAUUCGGACCAGCUACAACAGCAGCGUGGCUACCAUGGCAACGAGGUUGUUCGUACAGAGAGCAUAAGCAUCAGUGAGAUGGAGGGAGGUUGCUCCACUGAUGCAGAGCAGAUUGAGAAAAAGAUAGCUGAACUACGUAAGAACUUUGGGCGGAAGAGAUUUUCCUCCACUGGGAGUGUCAAGAUCACCUACUCCGAGUCAUCCAACACUUCAAUGGAGGACAUCAGUCGCCACUGACACUGACACUCCUCACCACAAGCAGCCAUUUUGUAUAUAACUGAGCAUGCUCAGAACACGUACUUUAUAACAAUGAACAUUAAUUGCCAGCACCCAGUUACCAAUGUUAUUUUUAUGUCCCUCCCAUACAUAAUAAAUACUAUUAUACACGUACAUUUUUAUCCAACUUGAAUUUUGAAUUUCGAAUUUCAAACAAUUGCAAUAAUUUUGAUAUGAAAACACGUACACCAAUUAA